UAGAUGUACUUUCCCUUCUUCCACUAUGCUCUUUUUACCAAAUCCUGCACAACAUCUACGUCACCUGAUCUUUACCCAUCACAAUCUUUCUCAAAUUCCUUCACCUUAAACCAAACAAUUAUUAUCAAGCCAAGCUGUUUCGUACUUUCAUUCAUCCAAACCAGUUAACUUUAUGGCAGAAGAAGUUAGAAUCAACACCUACCACGUCAUCGCCGGAGACGACUACGGCCGAGCCACGGAGUGGGAGGCCGGGUUACCAAACGCCGACGAUUUACCGCCGCUGUCACAGUUCCUAAUAUCCCCGGAGCUGGCGUCGGCGUUCAAUAUCACGCCGGAGCCUCACCGGAGUAUGACUGACGUCACUCGCGCUUCUCACAAAACACUCUCAACCUUAAUAAAACAUCCGAAACAACACCAUAUGUUGGAAAAACUUAAUGAUUUUAUAUCUUCUAGUGAUGAAAGAGGUGAAGAGAUGGUUGUUGAAGGUGAUCAUACUGAUGAAACUGUUGAUCUGAUUCUAGAGAGUUCGGAUUCGAGGAAAUUAAGGAGGGUGUGUAGCGGUGGUGGUGGUGGUGGAGAGGAAGCUGACUCGGGUUUACGAGGUGAACAAUCAUCAGACAGAGGAUCAAAACGAAUUCGGUUGGUGUGGACACCGCAGUUGCAUAAGCGGUUUGUUGAGGUUGUUAGGCAUUUAGGGGUGAAGAACGCGGUACCUAAAACGAUUAUGCAGUUGAUGAAUGUUGAAGGGUUGACUAGAGAGAAUGUUGCUAGUCAUCUUCAGAAGUAUAGGAUUUAUUUAAAAAGGAUGCCGGGGUUAUCGAUUGUUAGUCCGGAUCCGGAUCCUGUUCCUAUGACAUACGCACCACCACAGAUGGUGCGUAUGCCUUACGCACCACCAGGGAUGAUGCCUAAUUCGGCAGCUGGUGGUGUUGAUGGUGGUGUCCGUGGGUAUUGUCACGGAUUCGGGUAUCAUUCACAUCCGUAUAAUAUGAUGAUGCAACCAAAAGACUGGUCUGGAAACGGUUUCAGUUCGGUUUCAAGUUAUCGAAAGCGUAUGGCUGCUAAUGAUAAAUAGGUGGAAGACUUGCAUUCAAGUUAUUGAAGAGAAGGGAGGUGUUGUUCAAGUGAAAAGUCUCUUGUUGCAUUGAAGGAGAAGAUAGUGACUUGUUGCCCCAUGAUUGCCAAGGCUUCUUGUUCUUAGGUAUAGUCCUUACCCUAUAUAUGUACAUCAAUGUUGCUUUCUAUGGUUUUACUUCUAUUCAAUUUGAAACUUUAUGUAUCUUAAAAGAGUCUUAUUGUCAUUUUCAAUAUCUUUAAUGAAUCCUUUGUUGAUGAAGCUUA